CGAAAUCAGCUAAAGAUAACCGCGACACCAGCUUUUUGUAGUUGUUAUUUCCAAACAUUGUGAUUCGACUCGUUGUUCAGUGGUCGUUGUCACUAAUUGUCUCCGAGGAAGUCGGAUUCCUUUAUGUAAAAUUUAUAGUUAAAUUUUAACGGAAGUUUUUCAAUCCGUUUUUAUCCGGACGGACGCCUUUUCUGUAUUGCCGUGUACAGAUUGCACAGUUGUCGUGUUUGAGUCGUUUGAAUCAUUUUCAAUUUAUAAAAAUUGUAUUAAUAAUUUGAGGCUAUAGUCUUGUUUACCUUGACGUUUUUUUGACCAUGUGGUAGUAGUGGCGUAGUAUGCAUUUUAAAUGUGAAAUCGUUCCGACACCAACUGCCAUUCGAGAGGAAAGUAUUAAUCCUUUACAAACUCUUAGUCCUACAUUAGUUACUUCGACCAUACUUAAGAAUUUUCUGCAGUAUCAUUUUGUUUUAUAAUGGCGAACAAUACCUGGAAUUCGUGGGUCUCCUACAUCCAAGAAGAGGGUACAUGGAACAUGUAUGAUGGUUUUAAACCCCAAAAAAUUACUUAUCCAGUAAAUUAUAAACACAAAAGUGUUAUUGGACGCCCAAAUCGUGUAUUACAUUUAGAAAUUAUUCGUUCUACAGUUAAAAUCACUACACAUGUAUUAUAUUCAAUCUUGAGCAUUCAUGGAGAAAUACUACGAAUUGUGGUAUACAAGAAGUUUAAUCAACUCUGGGCAUUUGUUGAAUUUAGCAAGGAAGAGUUUGCAAAAAAAGUAUUUGAUGAAUCUAAUUAUAUCACUUUAGAUUAUAUAACAUUGAGGGCCGAAUAUGGCAAGCCUUCCAGUAUAAGUGUAUUAAAAAAUCAUGAACUAACAUGGGAUUAUUCAAAGUCCCCCUUAUUAGAUUAUGUUAAUGGUUUACCUACACUUAAAUCUAUUGUCAAUGUUGUUUUAAGAGAUUCACCUCAAAAAUUAAAAGAUAUUAACAUUGCAAAACAACAUAAUAAAACUUGGGAACUGGUCGAAAACUAUGAUUUUAUUAAACCUGUUGAUAAAUCCCUUGCACCAGAAAAUACUAAAACCACACAAGUUGUUAUGACCGCAAACAGCAAAACCCGUAAAACACUCUUGGCACUUCCAUGUUCUAAAGAAUAUUCUAUUCUUUCCGUCUGUGGUCUCGACCCGGCUAAAAGCAAUUGCAAUCGACUUUUCAGACUAUUGUCUAUGUACGCUACAGUGGCUAAUAUUAAUUAUUCACGCGAGUUAAAUUCUGCUGAAGUUCAGAUCAGUAGGUGCAAUGAUAUUAAUGCGUUUGCUCAAAUUCAACAUCAUUAUCUUUCACACGGAUUCAACUUAUCAUUCCAGUAUUUAAAAGAUAAGAAGAUAAAAAAACGUUCUAUCAAUCCAUUUGUUUUGCCCGAUGGAUCACCAUCAUAUAUAGUCUAUGAUCGAAAAUUGGUGCAACAUGCAUCAAGUCCUCCACCAUCCAGAGUGCUCCGCUUUGAUGGUGCACCCAAUAUUCACGAAGAAAAACUUAUUUCACUAUUAAAACAAAAAAUUUUAACUAAAAAUUUGAAAAUCAAAAUGAUUCCUCCGAAAGAUAAAAAAAGUUUGACGAUCAGCGGUGAAAUUUGGUUUUCCACUGUAAGUGAAGCUAUUGAAGUUGUAAUGGAAUUGAAUUAUGCUAUUUUUUGGAAUAAAGAUACCAACAAGAAGGAUUACGUAUUGAAAUUGUCAUUUAUAUCUGAAGUAUUACCAAUGCCUAAAAUGGAUACGAUUAAAACUGAAAAUAAUAAAGUGAUAAAAACAGAAGAUGAAAAUGGUAUCAAAACAGAAGGCAUUACAGUGUCCAAAACAGAAGGCAUUGAAGUAACCAAAACAGAAGAUUAUAAAGUAAUAAAAACAAAAAAUAAUAAAAGAAUCAAAGUGGAAGACUAUAAAGUUACCAAAACGGAAGAUGAUAACGCUAUCAAAACAGAAGGCAUUACAGUGACCAAAACAGAAGAUUAUAAAGUAAUACAAACAGAAAAUAAUAAAAGAAUCAAAGUGGAAGACUAUAAAGUUAUCAAAACAGAAGAUGAUAAAGCAAUCAAAACAGAAAACUAUACAGUAAUCAAAACAGAAGUUAAUCAAUCCUAAAUUUCAAAUUUAUAUUGUUAACAUUAUGAUUUUGCAUACUGUCUAUUUAAAUAAAAAUGUUCUAAUAUAGGUAGGUAUUUUAUAAAUAACUGAUAUUGUGAAUAAUUCACAAUAACGACAAAAGAAUAGCUCUAUAAAGUAGGUAACUUACAUAUGAUUCAUUUAUUAUGCAUUUUCUGUUUAAGAGGUAUUUAAUUUUUUUUCUAAAUUAUAU